AUGGACUUUGAUAUAAAGACUGAAGAUACAAAGACCACAGUCAUCGACACUGAGGUCAGCAUUGCGGCUCGGUCUAAUGAGGCUAGCUCAACUAUCUACAUUGAUCCCCAGAAAGAAGCAGCCGCACGAAGAAAAUUCGACAAAUACCUUGUACCAGUUUCCCUCAUCUUUAUUAUCCUGUCCGCCCUGGACCGAAACAACAUCGGAAAUGCUGUUAUCUUCGGCUUUGAGCAAGACUUAGGUCUUGUGGGCAACCAAUUCAAUAAUAUCCAAACUCUAUCCAGCUUUUGCAGUUUUGCCGGCGAGCUCCCUUGGACCCUGGUUGUUAGACGUUUUGGUGCCAGGAAGGCACUCGGUACUGCAUUCCUCUUGUGGAGUAUCUGCACCCUCGGCACUGCCUUUAUCCAUACAUAUGGUCAAGCUAUUGCCGUCCGUAUGAUUCUGUGCGCCUGCGAAGGCGGUCUGUCUCCCGGAUUUGCUUUCGUCUACUCGACAAUCUACCCUAAAGAACAAGCAGGAAAGCGUAUCAUGACAACCAACCUCGCUCAGUGCAUUGCUGGCGCUUUUGGUGGCCUUUUUGCCUAUGGAAUUCAAACUAUGGGAACUCGAAGAGGCCUUGCCGCUUGGAGAUGGCUAUUCAUUGUUGAGUUCUGCUUUACUAUAUUCAUUGGUGGAAUUGGUUGGAUCUUCAUCCCUGAUUCGGCCGAAACAGCAUGGUAUCUUAACGAGGAAGAGAAGGAGACUAUGCGUCUGAAGAGGGAGCGAGACUAUGUGCUCCGAGGUGAAGCAAAGUUUGACUGGAAGUGGGCUAGGGAAUCACUGAAAGAUCCAUUUGUUUACUUCCUGGGCAUAGCUUUCUUCACUUCAUCUGUCGCAAUCAAUGGCUUCGGUGUCUUCCUGCCUUCUAUUAUCAAUGGCCUCGGAUACACCUCCCUCCAGGCUAACUAUAUGACCAUUCCUGUCUAUGUCCUUGGUGCCAUCUCUCUUUUGACACAGGUCUACUUUUCUGAUAAGCUCAAGCGACGAAGCCUAUUCAUCAUAGGCUGCUGUGUUCCGGUUGCUGUCGGUUACCUGAUUUGUGUGGGAACAUCGUCUUCCGGCGCUGGCUACGCGGGAAUGUUUAUUCUCGUCCUUGGCCUCUAUCCGAUUUCUACGCUCGCUGUCACCUGGGCAACUAAUACCUUUGCGCCGGAUUCCAAACGUGCAAUUUCCAUGCCAAUGGUAUAUACCAUGGCUGAUAUUUCUUCUAUGGUAUCAUCGCAACUAUACCCUAGCACACAAAAGCCUCGAUAUAUCCAGGGUAAUGCGGUCUCUGCUGGUUUGACGUGUGUCGCUGGGCUCCUCUACACAGCAUGCUGGUAUCUGCUUAGGCGCAGAAAUAUGAAGAAGAAGAAGCUUCUUGCUGAGGGUGCUACAUCAAAUGGCUUGGAAGGAGAUAGGAGUCUCGACUCCAUGUAUAUGCUUUAA